GCUGCCGGCACCUGGGAAGUUCGCUGCAGCUGGGCCACACGGGUGAGGCGCGACCCCGUCCAGAGCUGGUUCCUGCUGCCCCAGCACAGACAUGCUGCCAGGCGCCGAGAUGGAGGUGGCCCCGGCAGAGCCCAGCGCCAACCGGAUCGUGGUGUACGAGCGCCCCGGCUUCGAGGGGCUGCAGCGGGAGUUCACGUGCGACGUGCCCGACCUGCACGAGCUGGACUUCGGGGACUGCAUCAGCUCCCUGCGCGUGGUGGGGCAGCCCUGGGUGGCCUACACGGGCCCCAAGUACGAGGGCGACGCCUUCCCCUUUGAGGAGGGCGAGUACGCGGAGGUGGAGCCGCGCGGCAGCUUCUCCUCGCUGCGCCUCGUGCACCACGACCUGGACGAGCCGCAGAUCACGCUGUACGAGGACGCCGGCUUCGCGGGCCGCAGCAAGGUGGUGACGGAGGAGACCAACCUGGCCUACGGCUACUUUGACGACCGCGUGUCCUCGCAUGAGGUGCAGCGCGGCGUGUGGCUGCUCUACCAGGACCCAGGCCGCGGCGGCCAGCGGUACAUCGCCUGGCCCGGCGAGCGCCUGGCCGACUACCGGCCCGGCCUGCGCUUGCAAGACCGCCUCUCGCACCUGCGGCCGCUGCGGCCCGGGCGGCCCCGCAUCACGGCCCGCCUGCUCUGGGACCAGAAGCGCGUGGAGGAGGAGCGCGAGGUGCUGCUGGACGAGAUGGUGGCGGUGAACGAGACGGAGACGGAGCAGGCGCUGAGCAGCGGCAGCAGCCGGGAGUACAGCACGGUCACGGCGCAGAGCUUCCACUUCAGCGCCGCCACCCGCCUGCGCGCCGGCCUGGCCUUCACGCUGGCCCUGGAGGCGGCCGCCGAGUUCCGCGUGGAGAAGGGCCGCAGCGAGAGCCGCACUCUGCGCGAGCGGGCCGAGGUGCUGCUGCCCGCCAAGGUGCCGCCGCGCACCCGCCUGGCCGUGCAGGUGGUGCGGCGCGAGGCGGCCGUGGUCGUGCCCGUGGAGCUCACGCUGCUGCAGAACGAGCGCGUCCGCACCGAGCGCGGCGAGUACCGCUGCCGCUCCGCCGCCAGCCUCUGCGCCCGCUACACCAUGACCCCCAUCGCCGACCCCGCCCCGGACCGGCGUGGUCCCGCGGCCCCGGCCCCGGCCCCGCGGGUGCCGUGA